AUGUUCCCGAGCCUCGUAGAAGACGUCGGAGUCGCUCGGGAGAUCGUCGUCGAUCGCCAAUUCACGCACGUUACGGUUCGCGGGAUCGUGGAAGGAGUCAGCAGCGUCGCGUUCGCCGACCUCUUACUGGUCUCGUACUCCUCAACGACGUCAGGAACAUCGUGA